AUGGGCCAGGAGGGCUUCCCAGGUGGCUCAGAGGUAAAGAAUCCGCCUGCCAAUGGAGCAGACUUUGAUCCCUGGGUCGAGAAAAUCCCCUGGAAGAGGAAAUGGCAACCCACUCCAGUAUUCUUGCCUGGGAAAUUCCAUGGACAGAGGAGCCUGGUGGGCUACAGUCCAGGAGGUCACAAAGAGUCAGACACCACUUGGGGCGCACACACCACCACUACCAUCACCAAAGGGCCAGGCACUGUCCCCUGCACCCUGUGUGUGAGGCUUCCUAACAGUGAGGGCGCUGCUUGUAUUAUUCCUGUUUAA